GAGAACUGCAGGUCCAUGGUCUCACUGAGCAGCUCCAGGAUGUUUCAGCUGCUCCCGGGUCGCAUGCAGCCAACUGGACAUCGAAGUCGAAAAACCCGUCUGGUCACCAAAGACGGCCACUGCAACAUCGAGUUUGGCAACAUUGAAUACAGCAACCACUUUGCAUACGUGGUGGACUUCUGGACCACCUUUGUGGAGAUCCGCUGGCGCUUCGUUCUCCUCCUGUUUGUGGCUACGUUUACUGGCAGCUGGUUCAUAUUCAGCCUGCUCUGGUACUGGAUUGCAAAGAGCAACGGGGAUCUGAGCGGACAGAACCGCACAGAUGGACAUGUCCGAUGUAUAGACAACAUUAACGGCCUCACGGCAGCGUUCCUGUACUCGUUAGAGACCCAAACAACCAUUGGAUAUGGUGGACGGGCGCUGACCGGGCACUGUGCUGGCACAGUGGCUCUGAUCGUCAUCCAGUCUCUGGUUGGAGUCUUCAUCAACUGUUUUAUGUGCGGCGUCAUCUUGGCCAAGAUCUCCUUACCCAAAAAAAGGGCAAAGACUGUGACCUUUAGCAACACUGCUGUGAUCUGCCUGAAGAAAGGAAGCCUGUGUCUUCUGAUCAGAGUGGCCAACCUCCGAAAAACUUUAUUAAUCGGGAGCCAGAUCUAUGGCAAACUGCUGAGGACCACCAUCACACCUGAUGGAGAAACUAUCAUCCUGGAUCAGGUGGACGUUGACUUUAUGGUUGAUGCUGGCAAGGAUAACCUGUUCUUUAUUUGCCCCCUGACCCUCUACCACGUCAUUAACAGAUCCAGUCCGUUCUACGAGCUGUCGGCCGAUACGCUCCCCCAACAGGACUUUGAGCUGGUGGUCUUUUUAGACGGGACGGCUGAGUCCACCAGCUCCUCCUGCCAGGUAAGGACCUCCUUCAUCCCACAGGAGAUUCAGUGGGGUUACAGCUUCCUGCCCAUCAUUUCCCGCACCAAGAUGGGGAAGUACCGCGUGGAUUUCUCAAACUUUUCCCGAAGCGUCCGUGUCUCCGCGCCUCACUGCGUCCACUGCUUCGAGACAGACGCAGACCAGAGAAACCACAACAACUACAGCAAGGAGAACCACAGCAACCAGCAGAAAAUGGGCAUCGAAAACUUGGCCUUCCAAGAGGUCGACAUUCACGACCCCCUUGACGACACUAAAAUGUGA